UCUAAUCUGAAAGAGAGGCAUCGAAUCAGAGCAAUUUGUUGUGAAAUUGUGACUAAGCCCUUUUUAUUACUUUCUCCUAAAUAAAUAAAACCCUAAAAUUUUCCUUUCCCAUUAAUCCCCUCUUUCUACAUGCGUCGCAUUAUAGAAACAAACUAAACAAGGAAAAAAAAAAAAGAGAGUAAAAGCAUCAUCGUCUUUCACCAUAGCUUCAAAACUUCUCCUCCCCCAACGCCGCCGCUACCUCAGCCGCCACCGCCCGCACACACUCACUCAGCUGGUUGCUCCGCUCCAAUUCAUCAUCCAGUCCUUGUCUAAUUCGGCUGAACGCCGCCGUUUCUUUCGUGGUUUCUGUUCGGUUACGACGGAAGUUCCGAUGGGGUCUCAAGAACCGAACGCUUCGGCUCCCAAGCUGCCUAUCCCUGGGCAACGGAAUGUUCUGAUCACCAGUGCACUUCCUUACGUUAACAACGUGCCUCACCUUGGAAAUAUUAUUGGCUGUGUCCUGAGUGCAGAUGUAUUUGCCAGAUACUGUAGACUUAGAGGUUACAAUACUAUAUAUAUUUGUGGCACUGAUGAGUAUGGAACAGCAACAGAAACCAAGGCUAUGGAGGAGAAUGUUACCCCGAAGGAAAUAUGUGACAAAUACCAUGCAAUUCAUAAAGAAAUUUAUGAAUGGUUUGAUAUAAGUUUUGACAAAUUUGGCCGCACUUCAACACCACAGCAGACAGAAGUGUGUCAGACAAUUUUCAAGAGACUUUGGGAAAACAAUUGGCUUUCAGAGGAUACCAUUCAACAGCUUUACUGUGAGACAUGCCAGAGGUUUUUAGCCGAUAGGUAUGUGGAGGGCAUCUGUCCUAAUCCGGCUUGUAACUAUGAUUCCGCACGCGGCGAUCAGUGUGAUAAAUGCCAAAAGCUUUUAAAUCCCACUGAACUACUUGAACCAAGAUGCAAGGUUUGUCAAUCCUCUCCACAUAUUCGAGAUACAAGGCAUUUGUUUUUGGAGCUUCCUUUGCUGGAGGAGAGGUUGAAAGCCUACAUUACUGAGAUGGAGGGAGAUUGGAGUCAAAAUGCUAUUCAAGCAACAUAUGCAUGGCUUAAAGAAGGACUAAGAAAAAGGUGCAUCACGAGGGACCUGAAGUGGGGGGUUCCUGUACCGCUUGAGCAAUAUAAGGAUAAGGUUUUUUAUGUUUGGUUUGAUGCACCUAUCGGGUACGUGUCAAUCACAGCAUGCUACACACCCGAGUGGGAGAAGUGGUGGAAGAAUCCUAAGGAUGUAGAGCUAUUUCAGUUUAUGGGCAAGGAUAAUGUGCCUUUUCACACAGUCAUGUUUCCAUCCACGCUUCUAGGAACAGGUGAAGACUGGACUUUGAUGAAAGCUAUCAGUGUUACCGAAUACCUUAAUUACGAAUCCGGAAAAUUUUCAAAAAGUAAGGGUGUAGGGGUUUUUGGGACUGAUGCAAAAGAUACUAACAUCCCAGUCGAGGUGUGGAGAUAUUACUUACUUACGAAUAGGCCAGAGGUAUCAGAUGCAGUAUUUACCUGGGAAGACUUGCAAGCCAAAUUAAACAAUGAACUGCUGAAGAACCUAGGAAAUUUUAUCAAUCGGGUUCUGAGUUUUAUUGCAAAAGAUCCAGGAUAUGGUUCCAUAAUUCCUGAUGCCGAGAAUGCUGAAUUACAUCACUUAACUCAAGCUUUGGGAGGAAAAGUUGGUAAUCUUGUGGAUGAGUAUAAAUUGGCUAUGGAGAAGGUCAAAUUGAAGCAAGGUUUAAAGAUAGCUAUGUCCAUUUCGACAUUGGGCAAUGGAUAUUUGCAAGAGAGCGAGUUUUGGAGACUUUAUAAUGAAGAUCGAGCUACAUGUUCAAUAGUCAUGAGAACUUCUGCUGGACUAGUAUAUCUGCUUGCCUCUCUCUUGGAGCCCUUCAUGCCGUCGUUCUCUAAUGAGGUGCGAAAGCAGCUCAACUUGCCCCUUGAAAAAUCACUUUCACUUUCUGAGAGUGAUAUUGAAAGGGCCAGGAAACUUUGGGAGUUUCUGCCUGGCGGUCACAGAAUUGGUACUCCUGUACCACUGUUCAAGGAGCUGAAAGACGAUGAAAUGUUAUGCCUUAGGGAUAGAUUUGCUGGAAGCCAAGCUGAUCGGAAACUAAAGGCCGAAGCUGAAGCCAAACUCAGUAAACAAUUAAGUGAAACAAAUCUUGCAGCAGAUGGGAAUGCAAAGAAGGGCAAGUCGAAAAAAUCUGCUCAAGGUGCAUCAAAAGCCUCUUCAUCCACUGAAUCCGAAAUUACAGUUAGCAGACUUGAUAUCCGUGUUGGUCUCAUCACUAAAGUUCAAAAGCAUCCCGAUGCGGAUUCCUUGUAUGUGGAGGAGAUUGAUGUGGGUGAAGCUCAGCCAAGAACCGUUGUCAGUGGCCUCGUGAAAUACAUUCCUCUAGAAGAAAUGCAGGUUUGUACCUUUCUUUCAUUGUUCCAAAUUAGUACUCAAUGUUUUUCUUAUUAGUUUUAGUGGUUUGCUUAUGAUUCCUGAUAAUUAUGUGUCAGAAUCGGAGGGUUUGUGUACUUUGCAACUUGAAGCCAGCAAGUAUGAGAGGCAUUAAAUCUCAAGCAAUGGUUCUUUGUGCCUCUAAUAGUGAAGACACCGAGGUGGAGUUAGUUGAACCUCCGGAAGGUGCUGUUCCUGGUGAAAGAGUCAAGUUUCAGGGAUUUGAAGGCACUCCAGAUGAUGUCUUGAACCCUAAGAAGAAGAUAUGGGAAACGGUCCAGCCAGCUUUGCACACAAACAGUGAAUUGGUGGCAUGCUAUAAUGGCAUCCCUUUCACCACCUCAGCUGGUGUUUGCAGAGUUAUAUCUAUUGGAGAUGGGAAGAUUAGGUGAUUACUAACCUAAACACAUAUGGGAUUAACAAUUAUUGAGUGAAAUACAUUUUUGGUUUGAAAUUAUGUUUCACAUUUUUCCUCUCCAAUUCGAAGGAUAUAAAUCUUAAUACUUGAAAUGUUAGAUAGAUAUUGAUAGAAUAGAACUGUAGGCCGAACCAAUUCAGUGGUCGAAAAUCAAAAUGCAUACUUUGCAGUAUUUUCUCUCGAGGCAAACGAAUUUAGUUAUACUCGUGCUCCUUAGGGUAUCAAAUGUGAAUUCCUUCGUGGAGAAACGAUCAUCAUUACAAUCUCAAUGUUGGUUAGCUCGAUCUUUAGAAUGAUUACAGAUAGACUGAUAAAUUCGUUUCAUAAAAUUG